AUGGAAUACGACAACUUCACAAAAAAUCAAAAACAGAAUUAUUGUAAGAUCCAAAAACUCUGCUUCAGGCGUUUACCAAAAGAACUAGAAGGCUCUCACUAUGCAGUCCAGGCUGGCCAUCUCAAGCUGCUUCUCUAUUUUGGAAAGAUCUUUACCAAUUUUUACAUCUGGGGCCUACAGCACUUAGAUAUAAACUUGUUCUGUGGCAGGCCGCUCCAGCGUCCCGGAGCUCCAGCCUCCGCUGGGGACCGGGGUCAGGCCCACAGUUGUGGUCCACUUCCACCCUCCGUCGCCGCUGGUGGGCUCCAGGGGCCAGCACGGGGGUUCUCCAGACGACACAGUACAGGGAAGGCCUCCUGGACCCGGGACCCCACCGCCGGGGCCGAGACCCGAUUGCCCAAGUCCCAGGAGCCUCCCCGCGAAGGCCUAGGGGUAGUGUGUGCCUGCGGGCUUCCGUCGGCCCGGCUAGGGUCUCGGGCUCUCACUCACCACAGAGCCGCGCAGGCGGAAGUGAGGCCGAAGCAGCAGCGUGCCCCCCGGAAGCUUACCUACAGAGGCGGGGACUUCUACCAGCUGCUGGCUGUGUCCUACAAACAGCUGAUGCAGAUCUAUAACGCUUGGCAGAGGCGGCAGAAGCAGCAUAAGUGCCUGUGUAAAGCCAAGGAGGCGCCGUACCUGCUGGAGAAGCCAGAGGUGAGGACAUACCUUCGGGACAGGUUCAUCCUGCCCGAGAUGGUGGAUCUCGAGGUCUACGAUGGACGCUUCUACCACAUGCAGAUCAAGCCGGAGAAGAUCAGCCACUACUGGAGUGAGUCCUCUAUCACAAGCCCGGAAGCGUGGCGGGCCCAGCAUUGAUCCGGCUCACCCUUCCCGUUUCAGCCCCCUCCUGUAGCCAAUAAAGGCACCACACCCACCCGCCACGCACAGACUAGAGUCACCUAUUAUGCAGUAUACUCUACAUUCUGCAGAAGGAACAUUCUAUGUAAAGGUAUCACAAGAUUAUAUACUUUUUAGAUGAUCAGUUGUUACAAGUAGAUAAAGUAUUACUCAAUUUCAAGUGGUGCGUCAUCCAUCUUAAUUUUUUUGUGCUUUUACUCCAACAUACGUCAACC